UUCUAUUUCAAGCACUUAAAGCAAAUGUAAACUUCCGGCAAAAUGUCAGCAAUACAGAGACAGAAAAGUAGCAAUUUAGAUAAGCCUUUAAGCAAAGGAAAGGCUGAGAUAAAUGUUGCCACAUUUGCUUUGCUGUUUUCUGAAAUUGUGCAGUAUUGCCAGAACAGAGUGUAUACAGUUCCAGAGCUUCAAAACAAGCUGUCAGAGCUUGGUCAGCAUGUAGGCAAUCACCUGCUAGACGUUCUGUUCCUGCGAGAGCGCGGCUUCAAACGUGAGACCAAACACCUUCAGAUGCUGCUCUUCAUCAAGGGGACGUUCUGGAAGACCCUUUUUGGCAAGGAUGCUGAUAAACUGGAGCAGGCAAAUGAAGACGCACGUACCUAUUAUAUCAUAGAAAAAGAGUCAUUGGUCAACAAAUUCAUAUCUGUUCCUAAAGACAAAGGAAGUUUAAACUGUGCAUCAUUCACUGCUGGGAUUAUAGAGGCAGUUCUCAAUGGGGCAAACUUUCCGGCCAAGGUUACAGCCCACUACCACAAAGGCACCACGUUCAUGAUCAAGUUUGAUGAGUCUGUUAUUGCCCGGGACAAGCUUCUUGAUGGGAAAUGAAACAAAUACAAAAUGUAGAACAAUGUAUGAGCCUUUCUCUUGCAAUAUUGAGCUUAAUGCAUGUGCACAAAGUGCUGCACAGAAUAGCCUGUGUAGUCAGCACAUGCUAAUCGGAGACGACACUUUUUGUCUUAACUGGAAUUUUGCUAAGUAAAGACUACUUUGCAACAAAACAUUCAGCAAAAGUCGAAAGUGCCGUCCCUGAUAAGCCUGUGCGGACUGCACAGUUCCAUCUUGGACAACACUUUAUAAACAUGCAUUCAGCCCUGAUAUCCCUGAGAGCAGCUUAAAUUGUUUCAUAUGAACAAUCAAUUCUGCACUGUAAUUGUGUGUUAAAUAAUUUUGAGUGUACCGUUUUUUGUGUGGACAUUUAUUUGUGAUUUCUUGCUAUUUAUUACUAAUUAUAUGGCAUUGUGUGUUUUAUUAUUUCGAAGAACAAUCUAUGACUUAAAAUUGUUAAAUAAUAUUUUGAUACUGUUGUGCAAUUGUGGCAUUUAAAAAAAAAGAAUAUAUUAAAAACAUGCUUUGUUUACCUGAAAACAAUGCAAGUUGUUCACUUGAUACUUGAUAUGGGCAGUGCUAUGUGAAAAGGGGGUUUAAUGCAUGUGCGUAACGUGUUGUCCCAGAUUAGCCUGUGCAGUCCGCACAGUCUAAUCAGGGAGUAUGUAUGAUAUUUUUCGUAUAAAGAAAGUCUCCUCUUAGCAAAAUCCAGUGUAGGCGGAAAGUGUUGUCUCAGAAUAGCCUGUGCACACUGCACAGGCUAAUCUUGGAUGACACUUUACGCAAAUCCCAUUUUAUAGAUGCACAUUCCACCUGAGCAAGAAGUGCAACACUCUGUUAUUGUAAUUAAAAAAGUGUAUUGUCAUAUUGAAGGUAGGGUUUCAAUUUGUCUCACACUGAUUUGUCUGUUUUGUAUUUUAAAAAGUGUAUUGUCUAAUUAAAGUAGGGUUUCAAUUUGUCUCACUCUUAUAUGUCUGUAAUGUAUUUGACAGAGUAUUGACCAUAUUAGACUCGUUCUCAGAAAAUGGCUUAAUGCACAUGUGUAAAGUGUCAUCCCAGAUAAGCCUGUGCAGUUCGCAGAGGCUGAAGAGAGGCGACUUUUUCCACUGUUUUUUGGUAUUUUUAGUUUGAAGGAAGUUUGUUCGUAGGGAAAAUCUAGUUUAGGGGUAAAGUAACCCUCCUGAUCUACCUGUUUGGACUGCACAAGCUAAUCUGGGAAGACACUUAACUAAAUGGAUUAAGCCCCUUGAUCCCAGAACGAGGCAUAUUUGAAGCUUGGGUUUUAUAUUUUAAGAUUUAAACACACUUUGAAUGACAAAUUGACAUAAAACAUUUAUGUUUAUUACUGGGAAAUUGUCUUGUCUGUGUUUUUUAUAUCCCUAUUAUAAAAUAUGAAAAAAACU